AUGCCGUUGGUAUUCCGGCUUCCGCCACAAGAAUAUGAAUUCCUUGCUCUGUUUGUCAUGGUUUAUUGGACUUUAGCGUUGGGUCAUGCAGCCGCGGAUUACAGUUUUCUCGUCGGAAUCCCUUUACUUCCGUUGGUAGUCGUCCAGAUUGCUUUACUCAUGUGCGUCUGGCGAACUCUGACCAGUCGAGCUACACGACAAGCUUCUUCCCCCAAGACAGACUAG